AUGGAAGCAACUGACCCUUUUACCGAUCGUGUGAAAAGCAGCACUGAUCCUGAAUUGUCAUCACCCUUCAGCGAUAAGCGGGGGUUAUUUGACGGGGAAUAUCCCGGCCAUGAGCCAUUUCUGGCUCGUCCCAGACCCGACAUCUAUACCAAGCAAUUGCCACCUAUCUCCGGUGUUUCAGAUGGCGGCGACUCGGCCGAAGGUGGCAACUCCGAGAAUUUCGUCCUUUCACCAAACCCGUUCCUUCGCGCAUUUGGCCCAGGAGACGUAACCCUGCCAUGCGAAGCAGAGCCCCCGGAAAGGAGACUCUGCUUUCAACGCUUCGUAGACAACGAGUCGCGAGAUAGGCAUUACUUAUCGUCUCACAGAGAGUUCGCAAAAGAGCAAGGUAUCCAAUACCUAGCGCGUGCGUGUACAAUCUGUGAUGCGAAAUUUCAUAGGCGAGACAACCUCAAAAGACACAUUGAAGACCACCAUUCCAUUCAUAAGGAGCAUGGGGCAGCCGGCCUAGAAUUGACAGACCUCGAUAACGAGGAUUUUGCGAAUGUUGGGACCGAUACUGUUAAUGACGUGGCAGCAGGGGGUCGUAGCUCUCGCGACGAAAGGGAUCGAGGGUUCUUCAAUACCAAACUAGGAGCGCAGGUCGCCCAGGAAUCCGAUGUGCAAGACAGAAACAUCUCACCAAAUGAUGAGUACAUGCAGGCACAAGCUCAAGCGCGAGCUCAUGGCCGGGGCCAAUCCUUGGCAAAUUACAAUGAUGACUUCACUAUCAAGGUCUCCGGCCGGGCGGUCGUCAAGAUUCCUGGCACCCAGAUCGAGUACGACGGGGGCGAGAUUACCAUUAGCACCAACUCCGAAGCCGGGGCCAGACCUGGCUCGGGAAUGCCUGGCGCUUCUCGUGCUGUCAAUGACAAGGAAAGCACCGCCUACCAGGCACAAGCUCAGGUUCAGGCUCAGGCCCAACAUCAGGCACAAGAACCUCAGCAAGCACAUAGCAAUGCUACCUUACGGGUGCAAAUGCAGGCCCAUGCUAGCCUUGUCUACAAUCGCCUGAUGGAAGUGGCAGCAGAUCAAUUUAGCGGCCCUGAAAACGUACCACAGGAAACGGUGGAUAAAAUUAAGCAGGAAUCUUAUGCGCAAACCCAACGAUUAGCAAAAGACUUAGUUCAGCAGAGAGCUCAGCAGCAACAGCAACGGGAGCAGAAGGCGGCAAUGCAGGCCAUGGACGGGAUAGAAGUGGCGCGGAGCGAAAAGGAAGGGAGUAUCCAAGGGAACAAAGGCGCUACGCAACUCAAAGACGUUUCAUCACCUCCUCUAGAAUCGUUAGCCCCGGUGAUUGGAUCUACGCUAAACCGGCCUCACAACGACAUUUCAAGUCUUAAAAUAGAGCAGGAAAAAGCCGAAGAUGACUUAGACCCCUUCGCCGAGUACUUUGACGAACUUGAAGAUGAAAUCCUAGAGGAUGAGAAUAAGAUGCAAGAGAGAGAGAGAAGGUGGGUGGACAUUAUCAAAUUGUGGGAGAAUAACGAGCCGCCCUUCCACCUCAAAUCAUAG